AAAUAAUAUUACCAUAUACACCGGUAAGAACACUCCAUUAACUCCGGAACUGAUACUCCUGUAAACUGUAUUGUUAAAUUAUCAGCUAUUAUGGAUAUUUAUUCACUUAAAAGUACUGUGAGGUGUGUUUUCUUCCCUUUAAUAUUUCAUUUUCGAAGAAAACACACCCACUUGUUCAAGACACAUGGAAACAACAUGGUGGUCAAAAAGACUGGUGUAAACAAACAGGUAGUGAUACGUCAGACUAUGUCAGAGAAGAACCUACGUCCGUACUCACAAACAAACCCCAAAAUGUCAAGGACAUUGGGAUUAUUAGAAACAAUCUACCACAAGUAUACCUGCCGAGAAAUUGAUGUCAUUCCUGUAUACUUUAAAAUGUCGACAAAACAUCCUGUAACGCGUCAUCACGUUCAGGAAGCAUUGUUUACACUUGUAGAUGAAUAUGCAGCUUUGCGAUUAACAAUUGUCCAAACUGGCCGCCAUUCCUACAAAUUUGUUGAAAGGAAACACAUGCCCGUUUCCAUCCAUGAACAGUACACAAACACUGACGAAACAAUACUGAUUGAAGAACGACUACAUAAAUUCGAUUUUAGUCGAGGUCCUCUUUGGAAAUUUACAUGGUUAAAACAUCCAACUAGGCAUGGUGAAAAUUCAUUGCAAUAUCCAUUCCAUUUCUUCUUCAUUUUUCAUCAUGCAAUAUCAGAUUUUAAUCAAAUUCAUAUAAUCGUUCAGAGCUUGACCAGAAACAUUCUUAACUCACAGAGAGUACUGUCAACAGCUCCGAUAUACAAGCGCAAUCUAUGUCCAUCGAUCGAACAUGUUAUACCAUUGGAUGUUGUAAAGAAAGUAUCUCAGCCAAACCAUAGCACAAAAUGGCCAACAUGUGCAAUAGACACAUACAAUGCAGCAUUUCAUUACGAAAUCGCAGAACUGCAGAAAAAAAAUAUUUCAACAGAAAUGUGCACCCUACAACUAAAGGAGACGGAGUCGAGAUCAUUUUUCCGACAAUGUAAACACCAUAACGUUAAAAUAACGUCUGCAAUAGUUACAGCCAUGACUAUUUCGUUUACACAGCUUAUUCAAACAGCACUUCCAUCGAGUUCCAGCAGAUUUGUUGUCCCCGUAGAAAUAAUGGUUGACUUAACAAGAUACAUUAUAGAUGACAGAAUUAAACAGUCGUUUGGAAGCGUCGGGGCAAUUCACCUACCAUUUCUAGUUGAGAUGAAUCUCUUAGACCUAAAAUCCAAGGGAAACUUUUGGUCCAUAGCUCAACAAUGCCAGACACGACUUGACCAAAGUCUAGCUACCGGGGAACCAAUGAAAGUGUUACUGCGAGACGUUCCAUCAGAAAUAAACAAUCAACCGAGAAUGGGGAAGUCACCAUUUGUCUUGUCUAUUUCAAACAUGGGCAGUCUUGAUGAUAUUAUUCCGGAAACGUGCAAACAUGAAAUUCAGUUAGAUGAUUUCACUCUAUGCACAAAUGUCACUGUAGAUUCCAUGCCAGUGUUUUGGACAGGGUUCCUCACGUUGAACGAAUCAUUAAAAAUCGUGGUAGGCUAUUGCAAUAGCUACACUUCUAAGCAGACGACAUUUGUAUUUAUAAAUUCGUUAAGGGAGCUUUUAAUAAAUUCCAGUUAGCUUUAACGUUUUUAUUUAUGUACUGAGAAUCAAUUAUAUUCAAACUUGUUAACAAAUGAAUAAAUUAAGAUCAAGAAAUUAUAAAAGUUCUUUUCAACAUCUUGUUACUAAUUUUAUGCACUUUUUUAAUUGUACUCAUGAAACAAGUUUUAAAUGCAAUAUAAUAUUCCAAUCGGUUUGAAUAGCUGUAUAGCAAUUAAACAAAAUUAGUUAUGUUUUGAUCUUUUAAUAAGAAUAUCAUAAUUAGUACCGAUUAGACAAAUACUACAGUGUGAAAUUGGUAAUUUAUAUUUUCAUGCGCAAAUCAAUUGCUUCAGGAAUAAUGUUCAUGAUGUACUCUCAAUCAGAAAAUAUGUUUAUACUUGGUUUCAGUAUAUAAAACGAGAGGUAGUCUAUGAUUUCC